AUGCUGUUACUUACGUUUGUCACGCUGCUAGGUACGGCAGCAGUGACGUUGGUGAGCUGUGAGAGAUAUCAGCUAUUGGAAAAUGGUUACGUGGACGUGACCAUGGAAAAACGGACGUGUUUGAAUAAACAGUCGUUAUCAGUGCCCGUCAAGUUGGUGGGCGUGGCGUCCGAGUCAAAAGCGCCGCGGAAGAGUUUCACGAGCAACACGCAAUUCUUCGCAAUGGACGGAGUAAAGGACAAGUUAAAGGGUGACGAGAGGGGCCACCUGGUGGCGUCCACGAUCGGCGGCCCGUCCGAUGACAGCUGGAACAUGGUGCCUCAGCAAGCGAGUGUGAACCGGAAGCUCUCAAAGGAGAGCAACAUAAUGGCCCGGUGGGAUGAAUUCGAAAAGUGGAUGCUGCUGGAGAUCGGACGAAAAAAUACGGUUCAAUUCACUAUCAAGGUGAAUUACGAUAAUGCCAGAGGCUGCCGGCCGGUCAGUUUCGAGGUGGACGCCACUUCCAGCGCUAAACCCUCCACAGGCUUCAGGGGCACAUUCGACAACAGGCCGGACGAUCCUUUCAGUACUGUCGCGGAAACGCAAGCGGCAAUGAAAGGCAAGAAGCCGUGA